AUGCUUGUGAGGUUGUUGCUAAGCUCUAUUUUGGUGUUGCUCAAUGGGCUGUCACUAGCCUCGCCAGUGAUUCCAGAAUCCCACGUUUUGUCGGACAUCUUGGAUCUCAGUUAUGUAUACGCUGACGACAGUAUUACACAAGCUUUUGUCGAUGAACUGGUUGCAUUGUCGCAUUCAAGCAGAAACAUUUCACAAUGCGACCAGUGUGUCACCAGAUUGGCGGUUGGAAAAUCUCUGUCGUUGUUGCGUCCGGACUUGGUGCCUCGUGUGUUCACCGAGUGGUGCCAACGCACCAAGUACAUGUCGAACUCGUCGUGUCUGGCAACCUUCAGCAGAAAUACAGUGAAAAGCAGCUAUACAGGCACAAACUUUGCAGACAUGUUAUCGUUGAUGAAUCCGUUUGGCUACGACGGUCAACUUUACUGUAACUACAAAGAGUCAGCUUGUCCAAAGCCAAAGACGCCCAACGUCACGCUUUCCCACUUAUGGCCACCAAAGGAGCCAAAACAUUACGUUGCACCCACUCCUGCCGCUAAUGACACCUUCAACGUUCUGCACAUUUCGGACUUCCACAUUGAACUUGACUACACGGUCGGUGGCGAGGCCAACUGUUCCUCGAGUAUGUGCUGCACACCCCAGUCUCGCAACGCUUUAGCCAACAUUACCUCACAUGCGCAAAAAGACUGGAAUUCCUUUUAUAACUCGUCCUACAAUGACAACGGCUUUUCAAAGGGGAGCUUGUUGGAUGUGUUCAAGAAUGAGUCAAUCUGGUCUCCAGCCACCACUUUUGGAAACUACAAAUGUGACGCACCGGAAAUUUUGAUCAACUCGUCUUUGGAUUCCAUUGCCAACUUCAGCUCUGAAAACAAUCUGAACUUCGAAUUCGCUAUUUUUACCGGCGAUUUAGUUGACCACGAUGAGCUUUCCUUGACGGGCUACGAAGUGACCGUUGAAUCUGAAGAAGUGGUCUUUAGAGACAUCAAGAAUAAGCUGGGCGACGUGCCUGUUUACCCAGUCAUGGGUAACCACGACACAUUCCCUUACGGUGAACUGGCUCAAGAGAACCAUGGCUUUUCCAACUACUUCUCGUGGAAUGCCGAGCUCAUGGCAGACUUGUGGGAAGAUUACGGCUGGUUGGAGCCCAAAGAGUCACAGUAUGCUCGCAAGCAUUACACUGGCUUUUCUGUGGAGACUAAAAUGGGUCUCAAAAUUAUCUCUUUGAACUCAAACGUGUGGUACAAGAAGAAUCAUUACGCGUACUGGAACGCUUCAGAACCCGACACUUUUGGACAAUUUGAAUUUUUGGUGGAUGAGCUGGUGGAAAGUGAAUCCAAAGACCAAAGAGUUUGGAUUAUCGCUCAUAUACCUUUUUCGGCAGAUGCUUUGCCAUUACCUGCCAAGUUGUUUGCCGAAGUGGUAGAGAGAUUCUCACCAUUCACCAUCGCCAAUAUCUUUUUCGGCCAUACUCAUUUGGAUCAAUUCGAGAUUUUGUAUUCCGGUCCCGGUAAUGAUGCCAAGACCAUAGAAAAUGUCGUUGCUUCGUCUUGGAUUUCUCAGGCUGUGACGCCUUGGGUGAACAAUAACCCUUCGUGGAGAUACUAUUCCGUGGACAAAAAGACCUUCUCUGUUAUGAACGCCUACAAUUACUACACUCGUUUGAAUGAAACCUUCACGAACAAUGGAGCGGAACCUGUGUGGGAGUUUGAAUACUCCUCAAGAGAGGGCUACAACAUCACAUGGCCCGAAGCUGCUCCUCUGAAUGCUACAUACUGGCACUUAGUUGCGUCCAAGGUCAACGAAUCAGUUGAGUACAAUCAGAUGUACGAGAAUUAUGCCACAAGAUUUUCUCCAUUUGUUCCCGAUUGUGCAAACACGACAGACUGCUCCCUCAACUAUUGCUACUUGACAUCUUUCACUGUUGAUCAGUAUGAUGACUGUGUUGCUAGCGUCAAAAAACAAAACAAAAAUUAA